UUUUUUCCAGACGCUGGGGCAGAGUCUGUUGCUAAAAUUGCCCCAGAUUGUCCCCCUGACAAGCCUCGUGUCAACUGCUUUGUGGAUCCGUGUUGGAGUGUCAAAUGCCCAGCUGGGACAACAUGCGUAGCCAAUUAUUGCGGGGGAUGUAAUGCUGAGUGUAAACCCGAUGGAUGUUUUUAUGGCGGUGUCUACCAUGCAGUUGGUACUAGUUUCCCUGACAUUUACAGCUGUAACACCUGCUUCUGCACUGCAGGAAAUAUCGUAGGCUGCACGAAAAUAUACUGUCCCCGAUGUUGGUAUAACGGACAGAAGUACAAGCCUGGGGACAGUUUUAAAUCCACUGAUGGAUGCAACAAGUGCUGGUGUACCUCAGACGGAACUGUGGGUUGCACGAAAAGGGCAUGCUUAAAGCAUACAUUAUCUUAGAUGGGGCCAAGAUUUGCGAGUUUUUCCUAUCGCAUUAGAAUGAUCAAGAUGUGUGAAACACGUCAAGUUGCAUUCUCGUAUAUAGACUAAAGGAAAGCUGUACAGAAACAUUUCCACUUGAUGAAUGGUGCUGUGUAAGAGAAGCGUUUUUCCGACUCGCGGUGUUCGAGUAAAUGAAGUCACAAAGUAUAAGAUCAUAAAACCCUGACACGUUCAUUGUUAUAAGAAAUGUUUUCUGGUAAUACUUUUCUUUGCGGGAAACGGUAAUGUAACCAUUAUGGUAAAAAAAUUAAACAACUGUCCACAAGAAAUGCCACAUCAUGCUUUCUUAAGCUGUUCGCAGCAAUAAUUACUGUAUAUGCUAUUGAAAUAAAGCGACUGAAUGCCA